CACACACAACCGCUGACGACUUGACUCCACCUCAGGAUGCCAUGCCAGUUAGCAACAGAUGAGCAGCGUUACAUGUUCUCUUUGGGCAGCCAGAGACAAUCCUUGCCAUCGCCAGGAGGAGGGAUAAUUCUGACUGUGUAAUGUGUGUCAGGGUCGCGGUGCUUCGCUCCUCUCUUGCACCGUAGCUGGGCAGUGGGUUUUUUUAGCAGCGUCCUCGUCCAAAACCGCGUGAGUUACAUUAGCUGGCAGUGAGUUUCUGCGGUGGAUCGCUAUGGAUGUGCUAUGGAUGAUACCGCUGCUGCUGUUUCCACUCCUGAUGUGGACCAGCAGCACGUUUGUUUUUUAUUUCAAAAAGUUCUUCUACGUCGCCUGGAUGAUGUGUUUGGCCCUGAUUACGAUCCCCCUGUGUGUACUGAAAAGCGGGGGCAGAGACGUUGAAAACAUGAGGAUUAUCCGCUUCAUGGUUCGUCAUGUCAAGUAUUUCCUGGGUCUUCGAUUUGAAGUGAGCGGUUGGGAGCAUCUGCAAACAGAGGGACCCUAUGUCAUCAUCUCCAACCACCAGAGCUCCCUGGAUGUUUUGGGCCUGAUGGAGAUCUUACCAGACCGCUGCACCAUGGUUGCCAAGAAGGAGUUGUUCUAUGCUGGCACAGUAGGUCUCAUUUGCUGGCUUGGCGGCAUUGUUUUUAUCAACCGCAAGAAGACGAGCGAUGCCAAAAAUGUCAUGGCGGACGCCGCCAAGACCAUGUUGGACGACCAGAUUCGUCUGUGGGUUUUCCCAGAGGGAACACGAAACCAGAAAGGUGACCUGCUACCCUUCAAAAAAGGGGCUUUCCACCUGGCAGUGCAGGCACAAGUACCCAUCAUACCCAUCGUUUUCUCCUCUUACAGCAACUUCUACCUACGGAAAGAAAAGCAGUUCAAAUCUGGGACCAUCAGAUUGAAGGUUCUUCCAAAGAUCGACACAAAGGGGAUGACGUCAGAGGACAUAUCAUCCCUCUCUGACAAAUCCUUCAACCUGAUGCGCACUGCCUUCCUGAACAUCUCUGACUCCGUAACCCAGAGCAACGGGCCGUCGAGGCACUGAACAACUGAACAUUAAACACACACCCGCCUCUUGUUCUCCUACCUCCCUGUUCGAGACCCCCACCCCCCACUCCCCCCGGCCCUCCCCGCUCCCCCCUGGCCAGGAAAACAACACGACACAGGUCUCUUGUCGUCAUGAAAUCUCUUAUUGUCUAGUUGACGCCUGGUCCAGUCCACCUCUGGCCUGACCAUACAGCACAGUCAGUCCCGACCCUCACUGUGUCUGCAGCAGCACCAGCAGCAGCACUGCUCUGCACGCCGUGAGCGGAGUGACGGACGGCAAGCCGAACAGUAUGGAUGUGUGUUGUUCUUCGUGCAUGCCUUUUGGAUGGCUCUGUCCACCUUCAUCGUUGCUUUGUUCUUUGGCUUUGGAAGCCGGGCUUUGUUAUUGUCUUACUUUAUCGCCAUUUUGUACUUUACCGCCUUUUUCUCCCCUUUUUUUUUUUUUUUUUUUUUUUUUUUUUCUUCUCCAUCUGCCUUCUGAUCCCUGGCAUUUUCUCAUUUCUGUUUAUAAAUGUCAGUGGAUACAAAUUUUUCCUCUCAUGCUGCUUUUCAUUUUUAGUUCUCUUUGGACGCACACAAACAUUCAAAAGUACUACUUCUCCUUGCUACCUUUCCUUUUAGUGUGUUCCCCCCUUUUCUGCAUUCCAGUAUCUUGCCGAAAGACAAAAGGAGAGGUGGUUUCCACGUGUGGUGGAGUGUGUGGAGGUGAGAGGUUGACGCUGGGCGACCGUGGACUGCUAUUUGUUCUGUCGCUAUGAAUUCUACUCUGUAUCCAUAUUGACCCUUCAACUCAAUGACCAGUGCUCCAUGAUAUGCCUCAUGAUGUCAGAAAGCAAGGAAUUCAAGGUUACGAGAUACAGUGUAAAACAAUAGCACGCAUCUGUACUGAUUUAAUGGGCUUAAGUGGACUGAUCAGUUAUCAAUGUGCAUUAUUGGUGCUUUCUUUUAGUUUGUCUCCAAAAGAUUAUAAAUGACCUGCGUGCACCAUUGAGCAGCAAGUGUCCUCUCGCUGUGUUCUGUAUUUUUGCUUUCUAUUUAUUUCUACAUCGGUUAAUCUUGUUAUGUUUUUCUUUGUUGGUUUUUUUUGGGUUUUUUUUUUUUUUAGAAGUGAUCACACGUUUUUGCUCCCUGGACAGAAUUCACAAGUGAACCAAUUUUAAGAUGUGUCAAAAAGGUGAUUUCCUAUUGUGCAAUGUCAAACUGUUUUAACAUUACUGUUCCAAAGUGCAAGCUACCUGCUGUGCCAUGAUAAAAGUCCAUUAUUGUCUCACUAUUACCUGCUUGAUCAGUCACCCACUGACUAAUUUCAUUUUACCAAUGAUAUUAUUUCCCUUUACCAAUGAUAUGAGGUAGUUCCUGCUGUUAGAAAGAGGGUAAAGCUUUGGCACGCCUACCUACGAUUUGUAUUUGUUCUGAUUAACUUGAAGACUCUCUAAUUACUAACAAACCUGGCAUACUCAAGUCUACAUCUCAGAAGAGUUCUAAGGAUUGUACCGGUUUUGUUUAUCAAUAUGAAAGUGAAUAAUAUUGUUUUAGUUGUGAUGUCCUGAUUUACUUAUUACUCAACUAAUAGGAGAAUAUUAGAUUAUUUAAAAAGUUGUGGAGAAUUUGGCCUUAUAUUUGAUUGGUUGUUGUUGCACAUUGGCUUGUUUGGCAAGUUUACUUAUGAUCAAUUUUAUGUUUUGUAAUAUGUUCUGACAACAACUUCUAACCAGAUAGAACUAACUGAGCUGUUUUAGUUAGCAUCCAGUUCUUAUAUUUCACAUUACUCAUUGCCUUUACUCUGUUUGCAAAACCACUUAUUUCGCGAUGCUUUCGCCCAUCAAAACACCAUCUGAGAAUGUAUUUCAGCAUUCAGGAUAUUUCUGUACUACUAACUGCAUCUUACUGUUUAAUUUUUUUUUGAAAUUAUAGUGGGGUUUUGUCUUGCACACAGUUAGCAUCAACUCCUGUAAAUGUAUUUAUUUGACCAUAAAAUGUUAAAUGUAGACUGUUCUGUACACUAACCCUCUGAAGAGGUACUCCUGUGAACGGAUUUAUCAAUACUUUGGUACUACGCCUGUAAACUGCUGUGCAUAGUUGAGUACAACAGUAGUUUUAGUGAUACCUGCUGGGCUGUCGGCUUUAAGUACAUGUGAUGGUCAAAGCUUUAUUCAUGUUCAAGGCCACUCUGGAAUUAUUCGGCCCUGCCACAGUAAUACUAAUUGAUAAAAUUCUGUAUUUCUUAAUUUGAACAUAUUUAUUGCUUUGUUUGAUUUGUCUGUAAGAUUUGCAGCAAGUGGUUUGAUCAUUUCAAUUCAUUUAUUUCCUGUUUACUUCUCAGUUAUUUUGUAAUACAAAUGUGUGAAUUGUAAAGCUUUGUAUCAUGAGCUUGAACAGGUGGCUAACAGGCUCUGCAACAACCCUGCUGGUUGAUUUCGGGCAGUUGUUUACGAACUCAUAUGUAAGAUAUUGGGAGGGAGAGAUUGAAAGUAUUCUGAACCUUUUGAUAAAGCACUUUUCAUGCUGAGUUUGGGUGGAAAAAUAAAACUGACAAGGUUUUCACCAAAGCUAUUAAAGUGUAAUUGGUAGUAGCUUUAAAUGAAUAUGAGAAGCAGAGCUGACAUCCUGCAGAGCCUUUUAUGUGUGUGUGGUCCCUUACUGUAUGUGUAUGUGUAAGUAUGCACACAUGGUAUAGACGCCCAUUAUAGUAUCUGGUUAAUACUGAUGAUGUAGUGUUCUUGAUUUCACCAAAUCUGGGUAAACGUGAAUGCCUUGCAAAAGAAUGAAUAAAAAAUAAUUCUUUUUUUUUUUCUUAA